UUCUGGUCGUCAUUUUUAUUUAAAGUUUUAGUCUACGUUUCCAUCGUUACUCAAAGAGAAGAUGCGACCUUGCACGAGUGAACAGAGUCAAGUGGUUGAGUUUGCUCUGGAAGGACCGUCACACCGGAAGUAGCCAGAGUUGGGCCUGGGUGAACUAUAAUUAACUGGAUCGAGGAGGCUAUAUUCAGUUGAUUCCCUCUCGUCUUGCUCUCGGCUAGAGAAUCAAAAGCUUAAUACUAAAAACGUAAAGUGAGAAACUAGAAUGAUACUGCUUCCAAUCAUAGGUACUUGGAUGUCCAUAGAAGGGCACAGGAGGUUAGCUCAAAUAAUCCCAGAUGAGGUGCAAGAAUGGUGGGACAAAUGGGAGUUACGAGGACUCAUUUUGCUUAGCCUUCUAUCGCAGAUCAUAUUAACAUUAUUGGGCAACCGUACUAAGUAUAAACCAAAUAUUUGCACACGACCACUUGUUUGGUCUGCCUACCUGCUAGCAGAUUGGGUAGCAGCUGUAGCAAUGGGUGUCAUCUCCAGCAAUCUUGGAGAUUAUUACAACAAAGGUGAACAACCAAAGAAUGUAGAUCCUCAACUUCUUGCAUUUUGGGCUCCUUUUUUUCUAAUGCACCUUGGUGGUCCUGAUACAAUCACAGCUUAUGCAUUAGAAGACAAUGAGUUAUGGUUAAGACACUUGGUUGGUUUGCUGUCUCAAACUGCCCUCACUGUCUACAUAAUUUUUAUGUCUUGGAAAGGCAAUUGGCUUUCACAUAUCACCAUUCUCAUGCUAAUUAUUGGGAUCAUCAAGUACGCCGAAAGGACUUGGUCUCUCUAUUGUGGAAGCAUCAAGAAUCUCAGAGAUUCUUUCCUUCGUUCAAUUGAUUCUUCUGAAAAGAGUGAACAAUGGCAAGAACCAAGGGCUAGCGCUCCUAUUGACAGUGUAGAAGAUUUCGUGCAGGGACUAGCUGAUUCAAUUGCGGAUUCAGUCACAAGAAGGAGCCGUCGGAUAGGAAACCAAAGGGUUUUUCUUAGGGCUAUUUAUAUAUUUAUAAGCCUCUUUGUUGAUUUGGUCUUGGGCCCAUGGGAUAUUAAUCGAGACAAAAAAGAAUUUCAAGCCGAGGGGCGUUUCGGCUGGUCCGUUCCUUUUUCCACAGUGGAUUAUGAACUCAAAUUGAUGUACGAUGUUUUCUACACCAAGGCAUUUGCAAACUAUGGCAUCUUGGGUGUGAUUUCACGCUUGAUCACUCUAACUACCACUAUCGUUGUACUUGUGUCAUAUGCUAAUUCAAAUGCAAAGAUGGAGCACCUGGUUGAGGAUCACAUCAUCACAUACUUGUUGUUGGUUGGAGCAUUAAUAGCAGAAAUAUAUGCAUUUAUAUCAGCUUCCUUCUCUAGAUGGACGAAGCACUACUUUGUAAUUAAGGGCCUAGGACUAUGUUGUUGGCUUUAUGAGUGUAUAGAUUGCCUAACAUUUUUUGGCAAGGGUGGAGUCCGAAUUUCUUUGGGACAAUCUGACUUCUUCAAUUUGAUUUGCAACAAAAAAUUGAACAUAAAGGGUAAUUUCUUCCCGGUGAACAACAUUGAAGAACUCCCAAGUGUUAGCCAUUGCUUAACCUCUGAUCAUUUACAACAAGCGAUCCACAAACACUUGUAUGAUAAAUCAGAGAAAGGCUCACAAUCAAAUGCUUCGGGCGCCCCUGGAUAUAGAAAUCUUUUAUUGGAGAAAAAUGGUCCAAUUUUCUCAAGUGAACUUGAAUUUCAUAGAACCAUUAUUACUUGGCAUAUUGCUACAGAUCUAUUUUAUUACUCUAAUGAUGAGUCAAGUUCUAUAUUUGACUCAAGGAAGAACUGCAAAGAGAUGUCUGAUUAUAUGUUUUACCUCUUGAUCAAGCAACGCCACAUGUUGCCGGUGGGUGCAGGGCUGAUAACUCUUCGUGACACAAUAAUUGAAGCCAUGAAAUUUUUUGAGCACAUCAAAGUUGUUCCAGAAAAAAAGAAUUUAGCUCAAACUUGUACGAUGUUGCUUCAACAAGACACAGUUGCUACAACAAGAGAUGAUGAAGCCUCAUCCUCAGGAAUGCAAACUACGUCUGUUCUGUUUCAUGCAUGUGAGGUCGCAAAACAACUCAAUGCUGAACAAUAUAAACAUCUGGUAUGGGACUUUCUUGAAGAAUUAUGGGUUGAGAUUAUGUGCUAUGCUGGUGCACAAUGUAGAGUAGAUAUGCAUGCUCAUCAACUUAGAAGAGGCCCUGAAUUUCUCUCUCAUAUCUGGCUCCUUCAAGCUCAUUUUGGUUUGUUGGAUCAAUUUCAGAUAUCAUCUCAUCAGGAAAGUGUGUAAAUAUGCCAAACCUGUGAAUAAGGAAACCAUAAUUCACAAUCUAGUCUCAGACAUUUGAUGUUGUUAUUUGUAGUAGCUUGUGUUGAUUUGUUGGACUUGGAUACUAUGUUGAGUCACCGGUACUUUAUUAAAUUUACAUAUUUGAUGUUAUUUAUAAUAGCUUGUGUUGAU